AAGGGAGGAGGUGCCGAGCUGACCGGGCGACGCCGCGGGAGGUUCUGGAAACGCCCGGAGCUGCGAGUGUCCAGCUGCGGAGACCCGUGAUAAUUCGUUAACUAAUUCAACAAACGGGACCCUUCUGUGUGCCAGAAACCGCAAGCAGUUGCUAACCCAGUGGGACAGGCGGAUUGGAAGAGCGGGAAGGUCCUGGCCCAGAGCAGUGUGACGCUUCCCUCUAUGACCAUGAAACUCUGGGUGUCUGCAUUGCUGAUGGCCUGGUUUGGUGUCCUGAGCUGUGUGCAGGCCGAAUUCUUCACCUCUAUUGGGCACAUGACUGACCUGAUUUAUGCAGAGAAAGAGCUGGUGCAGUCUCUGAAGGAGUACAUCCUUGUGGAGGAAGCCAAGCUUUCCAAGAUUAAGAGCUGGGCCAACAAAAUGGAAGCCUUGACUAGCAAGUCAGCUGCUGACGCUGAGGGCUACCUGGCCCACCCUGUGAAUGCCUACAAACUGGUGAAGCGGCUAAACACAGACUGGCCUGCGCUGGAGGACCUUGUCCUGCAGGACUCAGCUGCAGGUUUUAUCGCCAACCUCUCUGUGCAGCGGCAGUUCUUCCCCACUGAUGAGGACGAGAUAGGAGCUGCCAAAGCCCUGAUGAGACUUCAGGACACAUACAGGCUGGACCCAGGCACAAUUUCCAGAGGGGAACUUCCAGGAACCAAGUACCAGGCAAUGCUGAGUGUAGAUGACUGCUUUGGGAUGGGCCGCUCGGCCUACAAUGAAGGGGACUAUUAUCAUACAGUGUUGUGGAUGGAGCAGGUGCUAAAGCAGCUUGAUGCUGGGGAGGAGGCCACCACAACCAAGUCCCAGGUGCUGGACUACCUCAGCUAUGCUGUCUUCCAGUUGGGUGAUCUGCACCGUGCCCUGGAGCUCACCCGCCGCCUGCUCUCCCUUGACCCAAGCCAUGAACGAGCUGGAGGGAAUCUGCGGUACUUUGAGCAGUUAUUGGAGGAAGAGAGAGAAAAAAUGUUAUCAAAUCAGACAGAAGCUGAGCUGGCAACCCCAGAAGGCAUCUAUGAGAGGCCUGUGGACUACCUGCCUGAGAGGGAUGUUUACGAGAGCCUCUGUCGUGGGGAGGGUGUCAAACUGCCACCCCGGAGACAGAAGAGGCUUUUCUGUAGGUACCACCAUGGCAACAGGGCCCCACAGCUGCUCAUUGCCCCCUUCAAAGAGGAGGACGAGUGGGACAGCCCGCACAUCGUCAGGUACUAUGAUGUCAUGUCUGAUGAGGAAAUCGAGAGGAUCAAGGAGAUCGCAAAACCUAAACUUGCACGAGCCACUGUUCGUGAUCCCAAGACAGGAGUCCUCACUGUCGCCAGCUACCGGGUUUCCAAAAGCUCCUGGCUAGAGGAAGACGAUGACCCUGUUGUGGCCCGAGUAAAUCGUCGGAUGCAGCAUAUCACAGGGUUAACAGUAAAGACUGCAGAAUUGUUACAGGUUGCAAAUUAUGGAGUGGGAGGACAAUAUGAACCGCACUUCGACUUCUCUAGGAAUGAUGAGCGAGAUACUUUCAAGCAUUUAGGGACGGGGAAUCGUGUGGCCACUUUCUUAAACUACAUGAGUGAUGUAGAAGCUGGUGGUGCCACCGUCUUCCCUGAUCUGGGGGCUGCAAUUUGGCCUAAGAAGGGUACAGCUGUGUUCUGGUACAACCUCUUGCGGAGUGGGGAAGGUGACUACCGAACAAGACAUGCUGCCUGCCCUGUGCUUGUGGGCUGCAAGUGGGUCUCCAAUAAGUGGUUCCAUGAACGAGGACAGGAGUUCUUGAGACCUUGUGGAUCAACAGAAGUUGACUGACAUCCUUUUCUGUCCUUCCCCUUCCUGGUCCUGCAGCCCACGUCAACGUGACAGACACCUUUGUAUGUUCCAGUUUCUAUCAGGCUGGUUUUUGGAGAAAUGAAUGUUUGUCUGGAGCAGAGGAAGACCAUACUAGGGCGAGUCCUGUGUGACUGAAGUCCCAGCCCCUCCAUUCAGCCUGUGCCAUCCCUGGCCCCAAGGCUAGGAUCAAAGUGGCUGCAGCAGAGUUAGCUGUCUAGCGCCUAGCAAGGUGUCUUUGUACCUCAGGUGUUUUAGGUGUGAGAUGUUUCAAUGAACCAAAGUUCUGAUACCUUGUUUACAUGUUUGUUUUUAUGGCAUUUCUAUCUAUUGUUGCUUUACCAAAAAAUAAAAUGUCCCUGCCAGAAGCCUUAAA